UAGUUGGAUGGGGUUUGUGCUGGAGGACCGCUGUGCCGCAGUCAUUUAUAGUAAAUUGCUUCGAUACACACGGAGCAAACGUACCUCAAAGUAAGUUCAAGAUCGUUUUAGGGAACCGUGUCGUUCAGUACAAACCGUUAAGCAACGUAAACGUUCAAUCGAACUGAACGCACCCCUGAGUAUCAUGGAUGACUGUUUCCGCAUCUAACCAGCUGUCCUAAUGAAUGAGGCGGAGGAUCUCCAGCAUUGCUUCUCAGUGAUAUAACAGCAAGGAUAUUAAUUUCACUAACAGUACCUUUAGAUAUCACAAUGCAGACCCUCACACCCCACGUGUAUUGGGCACAGCGUCAUGCAGACAUCUACCUGCGUGUGGAGCUGAGUGACGCUAAGGAUCUUGAAAUCUGCGUGCAAAACAACACCCUGCAAUUCAAAGCUCAGGGUCACGGCGCUAAAGGAGACCAUGACUAUGAGUUCAGUCUGGACUUCCUGGAACCAGUGAAACCUGAGGUUAGUCACAGGUCGACCCAGCGCCUGGUAAAUGUGACUGUGAGGAAGCAAGAGCAGCGUUGGUGGGACAGACUCACUCUGCAGGAGAGGAAACCUCUCUUCCUGGCGCCAGACUUCGACCGUUGGCUCGACGAAUCAGACGCGGAGAUGGAGCUUCAGGCUAAGGAAGAGGAGAAGAUAAACAAGGUCAGCAUCGAGUCAAGAAUCCGUAAAGACCCCUACCUGGGCCUGAAGAAGGGCUAUCUGUUCAUGUACAACCUAGUCCAGUUCCUGGGCUUCUCCUGGAUCUUUGUCAACAUGACCGUCCGUCUCUUCAUCCUGGGACAAGACUCGUUCUAUGACACGUUCCACACCAUUGCUGACAUGAUGUACUUCUGUCAGAUGAUGGCCGUAGCAGAGGUCAUGAACCCUCUAGUGGGUCUGGUCAAGACAGGGGUGUUCCCUGCUAUGAUCCAGGUGGUGGGUAGGAACGUAAUCCUGUUUGUGAUCUUCGGUAGUCUGGAGGAGAUGCAGAACAAAGCAGUGGUCUUCUUCGUCUUCUACCUCUGGAGCACCAUAGAGAUCUUCAGGUAUCCAUUCUACAUGCUGGCCUGCAUCGACACAGACUGGAAGCUGCUGACCUGGCUCAGAUACUCCAUCUGGAUGCCCCUCUACCCUCUGGGGGUGCUAGCAGAGGCUAUCGCUGUGAUCCAGUCCCUGCCUAUCUUCGAUGAGACCCGUCUGUACAGCAUCCCUCUACCUACGGUCCUGGGCUCGUCCUUCAGCUUUUCCUUCACUCUGAAGAUCUACCUGGCCCUCAUGUUCCUCGGUCUGUUCAUCAACUUCCGCCACCUGUUUCGCCAGAGGAGGAGACGAAUGCGCUCCAGGAAGAGGAAAAAUAACUAACGGAUAGAAAGACACACCUCACGAUCUCUCCAGUCUCACUGCUGGUUGCCUUUUCACACCUCUCCUCCCACCUCUCUCUUCUCUCCUCACCUCACACCUCUGUCCUCUCCUCUCUCACCUCACCUCACACCUCUCCUCUCUCUCUUCUCUCCUCACCUCACCCCUCUGUCCUCUCUCUCUUC